AUGCCUGGUUCAGUCGAUCUCGCUGCUCUGCUCUCAAGAAUCUUCGUCCUUCUCCAGCUCCUCCUCCUGAUGGCGAAUUGGAUGAGUAACUGCCCGGUAGAUGCAGAAGUGACCGGCGGUUUAGUUAGGUUUCUUCCCGGCGGGGCUGUUGUGGCUCGUCAGAUCGAGGCAGAAAAUGACAGCGGUUUCGGAGUGCUUGGAGGAUUAUUUUUUAAGCCGAUUUGGUCCAGAAGACGAUGUAGUUGGAUGCCUGGACAUCUCAUGGCUGCGUUCCGUUUAUCGGCCGGGGAACGAGAAUGGUGGUUAGGGUUUCUUUUCCUUUCUCGCCUGCGUUCUCGGUUUCUCCUUGAUUCAUCGAGUAUCGAAGUAGAGGUGCCUCUAGGUCUAGGGCGAACUUUCUCGUUUGAUUUCGUUCGUAUCAGGACCCCACAGUUAAUUUGUUAUGCAGAAGUCAACUGUUUAGGAUCGUCCAUUUCUCAUCCAAACAGCCGGCAAGAGAUAGGGGGCUUUUGA